AUGUUGAGUAAAGAGAUCAAGCACAUUGCCAUUUUCACAAUUUUCCUCAUUUAUGCUGAUGGGACGCCUGUUCCUAUGAAUAAUGGACCGCCAAUUCCUGCUGAUAAAUCACAAUUAGAUGGCUGGUUCCAAGCCAAUGUUAAGCCUUGUAAUAGCAGGCAGAAAAGUGUAGAACCUGAACUUGCUGCGGCUGAGGCUGGAUCUCGUGUUAUCAAGGUUAGAAUGGAUGGAAGUGGUGAUUUUAAAACUAUAAAUGAUGCACUUAACAGCAUACCGUCAGGGAACGACACAAAACGUGUCAUUCUGUGGAUUGGACCUGGAGAAUAUCGAGAGAAGGUCAAGAUUGAUGGAAGCAAAAAGUUUGUGACGCUCUAUGGAUCGCCUAAUGCUAUACCGACUUUGACAUUUGAUGGAACUGCAGCCAAGUAUGGAACAAUUGACAGUGCCACCCUUGUUGUGGAGUCUGAUUACUUCAUAGCUGCUAAUAUUAUAAUAAAGAAUUCUGCGCCAAGGCCAGACGGGAAAAGGGUUGGAGCUCAGGCUGUUGCAUUGAGGGUCUCUGGAGACAAAGCAGCCUUCUAUAACUGCAAAGUGUUUGGGUUCCAGGAUACCUUGUGUGAUCACAAGGGCAAUCAUUUCUUCAAGGAUUGCUACAUUGAAGGCACUGUUGAUUUCAUUUUUGGAUCAGGAAAGUCAUUAUAUUUGAACACGGAGUUACAUGUGGUGGGGGAUGGAAUGAGUCAAUUUACAGUAAUAACAGCACAUGCUCGGGACAGUGAAAACGAGGAUACAGGAUACUCAUUCGUGCAUUGUUCAAUAACUGGGAGGGGGAGUACAUACUUGGGCAGAGCUUGGAAAACUAGCCCAAGAGUGGUUUAUGCUUUCACCAGCAUGGGCAAGGUCGUCACACCAGCUGGAUGGACCAACAAUUUCCAUCCCGAGCGCGAUCGGAGUGUUUUCUAUGGAGAAUACCAGUGUUCAGGAGCAGGGUCAACUCCAAAAAGUAGGGCUAAAUUCACCAGACAGCUAACCAAGGAAGAAGUCCAACCCUUCCUCAGCCUUGGCUACGUUCAGGGAGCUCAAUGGAUACUCCCUCCUCCCACACUAUAAAAAAAAAGCCUCUUCUUAAUAAAUGUAGCUGCUGCUUUAAGUACAACUUAUGAACGUAGCAUUAGAGCUUGUACAAAUUGUUUAGACAAGCUUACUUUAUGUAGCACUGGCUUUGUACA